AUGGGGAUUGUUGUCAAGUCAUUCAAGGAUCAAUUCUCCGCUGAGGAGAGAUUGAAGGAGUCGAGCAACAUCAUUGCCAAAUAUCCAGACAGAGUUCCGGUGAUCAUUGAGAAAUAUUCAAAUGCAGACCUCCCUGACAUGGAGAAGAGCAAGUUCUUGGUCCCACGAGACAUGACAGUUGGACAUUUCAUUCACAUGCUAAGCACUAGGCUACAGUUAGAUCCAUCUAAAGCUCUGUUUGUUUUUGUACAGAACACACUUCCUCAAACAGCUGCUCGCAUGGACUCUUUGUACAAUACUUUCAAGGAAGAAGAUGGUUUCCUCUACAUGACUUACAGCACCGAGAAAACAUUCGGCUAA